GCCCUCCCCACAGUUUCGUGGUCUUCGCUCAUACGGAGAGGAACAUUCACAAAUCACCAUCGAUGGAGAUAUUUUAGGGUUUAUGGCUGUUUUGGAAUCUGUUGUUUGGUGUCGGAAACAAAAUGGGGAAGCAUAAGAAGAGAGGUUCCGAUUCGGAGGAUGAGACGCCAUCUUCAGCUUCGUCGUCUUCCUCUUACAGCUCUGACGAGUCCGAUUCGUAUUCGAAGAAAUCGAGGAGGAAGCGGAGGGAGCGGCGGAGGAGCGAUGAAGAUUACAAGAGGGAGAAACGUAGGAAGAGAGAAAGGGAAGAGAAGAGGAGGAAACUGAGGGAGAGAAAAAGACGGAAGUCGAAGAAGAGGAAGUCGAAGAAGAGAGACUAUGAUUCCGAUUCCGAUUCUGGGUCCAAGUCCAGGUCCGGCUCCGGCUCCGAGUCCGAUUCCGGGUCUGAUCGGGAAAGUUUGCGGGACGACCCUCAAGCUGUGGUGAAGGAGUUGCUCAAAGAGUUCCCUAAUGUUGGGAAUGAUCUGAGACAGCUCUUGCAAAUGAUAGAUGAUGGGCAAGCUGUUGAUAUAAAGGGAAUUUCAGAGAGCGCUCUGAAGAAUCGCUUGAAGAAGCUGUUCAGUUCUCUGAAGCUGAAAGAGUGUGGGGAUAGAGUGUUUCUAUUACCAUCUGGUGCUUCUCCUACUCUGGAUGAAGUGGGACAUCUCAUUAAAGGCGUAGAGGAAGAAGGGGAACAUAACGAUGACAACGCCGCCAUGUCAAAGGAAGCGGACCCAGCAGAUGCUGCAAAUGAUCAGACUAAGGGUUUGGCUGGUGAAAGUGAACUGGGAUCAAAUCCAUCUGAUGAUGUUCCUGGUCCAAAGAGAAGAGUGAUUGGACCUGCAAUGCCAUCUGCUGAGUUACUUGCUGCAGCAGCAAAGCUAACAGAGGCUCAAGCUGAACUUAGAGAAGCUGAGCUGGAAGAAGAUUCAGAGCUUUUUGUUGGACCUGCUCCACCGGCUGUUGUUGCAGAAGUUGCAUCGUCUAACGAGGCAGAGCGUUUUGAGGAGGUCACUCGGAUCAUGGAAGCUGAAGCUGAGAGUCCAUAUGACAUUUUAGGAGUAAACCACAAUAUGUCUGCAGAAAAUAUUAAGAAAAGAUAUUGGAAAUUGUCUCUCCUGGUUCACCCAGACAAAUGCUCUCAUCCCCAGGCCCAACAAGCUUUCGUUUUGUUGAACAAAGCUUUUAAGGAACUCCAAGAUCCAGAAAAGCGAAAAGCAAUGGAUGAGAAGAUUAAACUCAAGGAGGAACAGGAAGCAUUUAAGGCUGAAUUAAAGUCGAUGCGUGAAGCUGCCCAAUGGAGGAGAUCACAAGGUAUAUCAAUGGAGGGUGAUGAAGAACUGCUUGCGGCAACCGAGGUCAAACCUGUACCUAAACGAGAUGAAUGGAUGACCACCUUACCUCCAGAAAGGAAGCCUGGUGUUGCCAUGCAUUCAACCACAACGUUUAGCAGAAACGCUAGAGAAGGACGUGGGGACACUAGCGCCUGGACAGAUACUCCUUUGGAUAGGGCUCAGAAAGCAAAGACAAAUUACUUGGAGGCAUACAAUGAGGCGACUGCACUCGCUUCGAACGAGGAGCAUAAGAGUCAGAGAAGCCUAGACGCCGAGCUGGUGGACAAAUACAACAAGGAGAAACGAUCAAAAUCGCUAGUGGAGAAAUACAAGGAAGGGACAUCGAGCCGUUUGAAGAAGAAUAAGAAGAAGAAAUCGACGUCCAAAGAUGGAACCGAGAAGGAAGAAUGGGUCGGGAAGCAUCCAUGGAAGCCUUGGGAUCGUGAGAAUGAUCUCACAGCCGGGCGGAAGGCAGUGAAACUCGACUCGGAUGGAAUGGCCGAAGGUUUAGCUUCAAGGUUCUCUUCUGGCAACUUCCAAAGAAGCUUUCUUUGAGUUUGAGAUCUCUGCAGAAGAUUUUUGUUAUGUUGUAUCUGCACAUGUUGAAAGGGUUUGAAAGAGGUUACCAUGGAAAUCGUCUCAAAUAUUCUCAUGGAGUUGUGAGAACUGAAUUUAUUGGUUAAAUUUGCUAGAAAUUUUAAUUUA